AUGGCAGUGGUUCCUGAUCAGAGCAGCCUCCUGAUCUUGGCAAUAGCAGGGGAUUCUGGAACCAGCUCCCUGAUUGAGAGAGAAGGCAGCCUCCAGAUGCGGGAGGAACCUUGGCUCCCUUUGGAGGCUUGGUUCUUUGGUGUCAUUUGGGAGUUGUUCCUGAGCCUUAAUUCUGAGUCUGCUUCUUCAGCCCUCUCAGUCUCCGUCUGCCUGCCUUGGGCAGCUUGGUUCCUGGUCAUUUUCUCUCGGGUCCUCCUUGGUGCCAUCACAGCCCAGGGGCUGACCCCAGCACCACGCCCUCUCCAGCCCAGGCUCCUGGGGGCCUGGCCCAUGUCCAACAGCUCUCCCGGGCCUGCUGUCUCCGACAAAACAUCAGACACAUGUCUGUCAAGGCUACGUGCAGCACAGCUGGGUGACAGCCCUCUGAGGACGGUCACUGGGAUUGUACCCAAAGAGAGUGAACUUGGAGACAGGCCUUUGUGCCUGCCCAGUCAAAGAAGGAGAAGACCCAAAAGGAACUCAGACCUGGAGGAGUUAAAGGAUCAAAGCUCGGGAAAUAUUGAGCCCUCUGUUUUACAAAGGAUCAUGGGAUCUUCCUCACCCAGGGAUGGAACCCACCUCUCCUGUGUCUCUGUCGUGGAAGCCAUGGAUGAUGGGGAGAAAAUGCUGAAUGAGCAUCUGGACCAAAGAGACCCAGGUCCCAGGAAGAAAGAGCCAGGACUCAAGAACAGCCUAGUCCCUGCCAAACAUGAGGCCUGCACAGUCUCUGAGGUGCUCUCACCUGUUGGAAUGAACUGUAAUGAAUGUAAUGAAGACAAAGAAUGUAUCACAAACAUGGAAAUUCUGACCUGGCAUCAGCACCCCGAGCUCUCCAGCUGCACUUCCCAGCAAGCCAAGCAGGUGCAGCUUCAAGACAGCCCUUACAAAUAA